AUGAAUAUUAUUAAGUGUUACCGAAAGAGCUUAUAUAGACCUGCCUUUAAUUUUUUCUGGAAAAAAGAAUAAAAGUAAUAAUAAACAGGAAAAAAUGAUGAAAAGAAUUAAAAUUAAACUGGUGAUUGGAAAGGAAAGGAAGAAUAUUUAGCUGAUCUUAGAAAAAAGAGAGAAGAAUAUGAAAAAAUGAAAAUAAAAAAUGAAAAGGAAGUUCACACUUAAACUAUAAGAUAAGCAAGAGAACACGAGGUUAAUUAUGGAAGAGUAGAUUUUGCAAAAGUUUUUAUUGAUAACAUCAACAUCUAAUAUUCUAGUGAAUUUAAGCAUCCAGAAGAAAUGUUUAAUUUUUUAGGAACACUUAAAGUGUAAUUGACAGAGAAAAAUUUAAUGUCUUGCGUUAAUGCCUUUAUUUAAUUUGCAGACAGAAUUACAGAAGAUGAUCUGAUAAGAUAUGAAUUUCAAGAGUUUUAAGCUAUUUUAACAAAACAAAUAAGAAUUAUUAGCGAUGUUGAAAAUUUAAUAAAAAUUACAAAAUUGCUUGAUAUUUUAUGUCUCCCUUCAGAACAUGAGAUUUGGGGUUAAUUAGAAAUAUCUAUUUUGAAUAGAAUGUCUAAAUUAAAACUUGAGUAGCUUUUGGAAAUAUUAUCACAUUUAAGCAAUUAAAAAGAGGGUUCAGAUUAAUUUUGGGAUUAAUGUGAGAAUUAAAUAUAAGAUUCGAUCAAUAAAUUACAAGAUAUAAAUUAAUAAUAUUAAUCUGUUAUUACAACUUUGAUGUGCUAUUGGAGAGUUUAAAGAGGAACAAAAUAAUUUGUAAGAGGUUUAGUAGGAAUUAUGUUAGAAAAUUCAUAAGAUUAGUAAAUCUAUUAAUAAUUGCCGAUAAAUACAAUAAUCUAAGGAGUUCUUGUUAUGGGGUAACUCUGUGAAAAAUAAGAUACUGCUGAUAUUGUUAAAAGCUAACAUUUCAAAGACUAUUUUAAUACAGUAGAAAAACAUCUAUUGCAAUAAUUUGAUACCUUGAAUUUCGAAUAAAUUUGUUUAAUAAGUUAAGGAUUUGGUUUUGAAUAAGGUAGUGAAGCACUUAUGUAAAAAUUGGAAAGUAAAAUUUUAUAGGAUUUUGAUAAAUACGAGUUAUCAGAAUUGAAAUUAAUUAUAAAAAGUUUUUUACUUUCAUAUAGAGGAUCAAAGAAACUAUUUAAAAUAAUGAUAAACAAAAUUUCCUCUUUGAAACAUGAAUUUACAUCAAUAGAAUUGGCUGAGAUAGUAAAAUCCUAUUAUAUCACAGAGAAUGAUAAUUAAGAGUUUUAUGCUGAUAUUGAAAGAAAAAUUUUAUAGAGAUUGAAAGAUGUUAGAGAAAUAACACCUCAAGAAAUAUAUGAAAUUGCUUAUAGCUACUUAAUUACAAGAAUUGGAUCAAGAGAGUUCUAUAAAUUGUUGGAAAUUGUAAUAACAUUUAGAUUUGAUGAUUUGAGAUAGAAUGCUAUUUUAAUGGGGAAGUUGCAUGAUUUAUACUUAAAAAGUGCACUUUGCGAUACGAAGCUUAUAGAAAGGAUGGCAUCAGUUCUGUGA